AUGACGCUCAUGAUACGUGCAAAAGCUUAUGAUGUCAUUCGCGAAAACAAUCCUUAUCAUGAUGAUACCCGCGAAAACCUUUCUUGUGAUGACACCUGCGAAAAAAUUUCUUGUGAUAAUCAAAAUGCUGAUGCUUUAGCUUCUUCACAUCAAGUGGGUUAUGUAACAAGUGAUGAUUAUGAAAAUGAAUUGGUUGUACCAAAUGAAGGUUCUUUCCUUUUGCGAAAGAUUUUAGAUGAAUUGCGAGCGUUUAAACUUGUAAAAGAAAUGGAUAAUAAAUUCAAUAAUAAAGACAACUCGACGAAAUCAACUCAAAUAACUUGUGAAGAAGUUUUUAAUGCAACCGAGAAAUGCAACACCUGUCAAAAAUCGUUAUAUGAUCAAGGCGGCUUGUCCCUUUAUACGGGCGAUACACCACCAUCUCAAUGUCCAACGAAAAUUGUCUAUGGUAACUUCCUCUUUAAAGAAUAUGAAAAUGCAGAAGUUGAUCAAGCUAUGGAAAAAAUCAAAACGGAUUGUGCUAACGAAUUUUCUGUUCCUUUGGAUUUAACUGUCGACCCUAAAACCAUUGAUGUUAACACGUUGUUAGCUUAUGAUACAUUCAUCGCGUAUUACGGUGGUAUUCCCACUCAUGAAUCGAUUUGUCUCUUGAAUGAUCAAGGAGAAUAUUGUUACUACAAAAUCAUUGAUAAUUAUGUCGAAUACAUCAAGAAAGAAAUUAACGGCGAUACAAAUGUUAGUAUUUCUCUUGAUGGAAAAAGCAUUUUCCUCCACAAUGGAACUGCGAAAGAAAUUCCAAAAGAUUUGAAUUGCGGUGAAUGUUGGACUAAAAUUGCAAAUAAUUACUUAACCUACUUCGAAGAACAUAAAUUGGAUGAACAACUUGAAAAGAAUAUUUUUGGCGGUUAUGAUGAAAUGAAAAAAGAAUUUGAAGCGACAUGCGAGGAUAGCACUGAUACUGAAGGAGUUGAUUUUGUUGAAGAUGAUUCAGAACUCAGUGUAAGACCCAUAGAUAAAAUAAGUUCAAGAAAAAUUAAGAGAGGUGGUGAUUCUGCCACUCGUUCACUUUUUAGCAUCAUCAGAGGAUGA